CCGGAGUAACUCAAUUUCAGGAGCAUUUGUCAUAAAACCCGACCUCUGUACAACCGAGUUUUACUCCUCGAACCUUCCCCGCUCAACUCAGCUAAAUGGGCGAAUCGAUCCCCGUGUUUCAUUGAUCGUGUUUCGAAUCGAAUCGUACACCAAAAACACACACACCCAAACCCAGAGCGAGCUCCCGAAGCUUUCUCUCUCGUCUCCGCUCCCGGGUUCUCAGAAAUCGGAAACUCGACCGGAAACCAUGGAACCCGUGCAAGCUCUGGUGGCGAACAUCCAAGGGCUUUCGAGCUCAGACGACAUCCCGCACCUUCACGCCCUUCUGAAGCAAGCGCAGGAGUCGCUCUACGCCGAGUCGACUCGGUUGCUUCCCGUUCUCGACCAGCUCGACCCUGCCAAGCACUCUCUCGGAUACCUCUACAUCCUGGAGGCAUGCUCAUCUGGUUCGAUUUCAAAGGAGCAGGCGAGUGCGUUGGUCUUGCCCAUUGCCAGAUUUAUCAAUUCCUGUGCUGCAGAGCAGAUUCGUUUGCAGCCUGAUAAAUUCAUAUCUGUUUGCAAGAGGUUCAAGGAUCAAGUUAUGCUGCUUGAAGCACCAUUGCGAGGCGUGGCACCGAUGCUGACAGCCAUUCGGAAAAUUCAGGCCUCCUCAGAACACUUGACUUCUUUGCAUCCAGAGUUUCUUCUUCUUUGUUUGUUGUCAAAAUCCUAUAAAGCUGGAUAUUCUAUUUUAGAUGAUGACAUAUUUGAGGUUGAUCAGCCAAGGGAUCUUUUUCUCUAUUGCUAUUACGGGGGGAUGAUAUGCAUAGGACAAAAGCGUUUUCGCAAAGCGUUGGAGCUUCUUCACAAUGUUGUAACAUCUCCAAUGACUGUUGUUAAUGCAAUAGCUGUCGAAGCGUACAAAAAGCAUAUAUUAGUUUCACUCAUUCACAAUUGGAAUUUCUCUACCAGUCUUCCUAAAUACACCUCUUCAGUAGCUCAGAGGAAUCUAAAGAACUUUUCUCAGCCCUACAUUGAAUUGGCAAACUGCUAUGUCAGUGGAAAAAUUGUAGAUUUGGAGGCCUUGGUUGACAAAUACAGGGAAAAGUAUGAAAAUGACAACAAUCUUGGACUGGUGAAGCAGGUUAUAUCUUCCAUGUAUAAGCGAAACAUUCAGAGACUGACUCAAACAUACUUGACUCUUUCCCUUCAAGACAUAGCCAACAGCGUUCAACUAAACAGCGCUAAGGAAGCAGAAAUGCAUGUGCUACGAAUGAUUGAAGAUGGUGAGAUAUUCGCUACAAUUAACCAGAAGGAUGGAAUGGUUAGAUUUCUUGAGGAUCCUGAGCAAUAUAAAACCUGUCACAUGAUUGAACAUAUUGAUUCAUCAAUACAGAGGAUAAUGGCACUGUCAAGGAAGCUGACUGCUAUUGAUGAAAACAUCUCAACCGAUCCUUUGUUCAUGUCAAAGACUGGAAGAGAGCGGCAGAGAUUUGACUUCGAUGAUUUUGAUGGCGUCCCCCAGAAGUUCAUUAUAUGAAUCAAGCAGUAUCACUCAACAUAUCGACUUGAAGUUGAGAAUGGAGAUGGACAAAGAUGCUGCAGCACUGAAAUUGUUUUUUUUGGCUACUUAUUGUGCAAAGAGACGGAAGGUUCUGAGUCAUUUUCUCCCAAACGAGGCAGAGGUGUCUCUGGCUACCGUCUAUUUAUGGAACCAAUUUUGAACAUGCUUUAUGUUAACUUUUCUUUUGAUCA